CACAUGCGCUAAACCCUGAGCUUCUGCAGCCAUUUCGGAAGAGAAAUGGCCGGUCCACUGCUUCGCUCCCUUUGGUCGACCACCAGGAAGUCUCUCUCCUCCUCUUCCCCGUCGGCCCCUCUCAGGCCAUUCCUCUGUCCACGCCCUCAUGCCUACGCGCUUCCCCGCUGUUUCUCGGCGGUGGCGGGAGCUGCCGCAGCCGCCGCUCCAGGAAGCUCCCUGGACCCGAACCGGCUCCGGAACGUGGCCGUGAUUGCACAUGUGGAUCAUGGGAAGACCACCCUGAUGGACCGGCUCCUCCGGCAGUGUGGCGCCGACAUCCCCCACGAGCGCGCCCUCGACUCCAUCAGUCUCGAGCGCGAGCGCGGCAUCACCAUUGCUUCCAAGGUUACGGCCAUUUUGUGGAAGGAAAACGAACUAAAUAUGGUUGAUACACCCGGCCAUGCGGACUUUGGUGGUGAAGUUGAGCGGGUUGUUGGCAUGGUUGAAGGAGCAGUUUUAGUUGUAGAUGCUGGUGAAGGUCCCCUUGCACAAACAAAGUUUGUCCUUGCAAAAGCCUUAAAAUAUGGAUUACGCCCUAUUCUUCUUCUAAACAAAGUAGACCGUCCUGCAGUUACUGAGGAGAGGUGUGAUGAAGUUGAGAGUCUAGUCUUUGAUCUUUUUGCAAAUCUUGGUGCUACAGAGGAGCAGCUGGAUUUUCCAGUUCUCUAUGCUUCUGCCAAAGAAGGAUGGGCUUCCUCCACCUUCACUAAAAGUCCUCCUGAUAAUACCAAGAGCAUGUCAGAGUUGCUUGAUGCAAUCAUAAGACAUGUUCCUCCACCAACAGCAAGCCUUGAUGCACCUUUUCAAAUGCUGGUUUCCAUGAUGGAAAAAGAUUUUUAUCUUGGGCGAAUAUUGACUGGACGUGUUUCUUCUGGUGUUAUCCGUGUUGGGGACAGAGUACAUGGACUUCGUAGCACAGAUUCUGGAGUGGAGAAAAUUGAAGAGGGAAAGGUUCUGAAACUAAUGAAAAAGAAGGGUACAAACAUGGUUUUAAUUGAUAGUGCAGGAGCUGGUGAUAUAAUAUCAAUGGCUGGGUUGACAAGUCCAUCUAUUGGACAUACAGUGGCGAAUGUGGAGGUUAUGACUGCACUGCCCACUGUUGAGUUGGAUCCCCCAACCAUUUCCAUGACCUUUAGCGUCAAUGACUCUCCACUGGCUGGUCGUGAUGGCACCCAUUUAACUGGUGGAAAAAUUGGUGACCGAUUAAUGGCGGAAGCAGAAACAAAUCUAGCCAUAAAUGUGCUUCCAGGAUUAUCAGAAUCAUAUGAAGUUCAGGGGAGGGGAGAGCUUCAACUGGGUAUCUUAAUUGAGAAUAUGAGGCGUGAAGGAUUUGAGCUCUCCGUCUCACCACCUAAAGUCAUGUAUAAGACUGAGAAGGGUGUCAAGUUUGAGCCAUUGGAAGAAGUGACUAUUGAGGUCAAUGAGGAGCAUGUUGGGUUAGUCAUGGAGGCACUCUCUCAUAGGCGAGCUGAGGUUGUUGACAUGGGCCCUGUUGCAGGAAGUGAGGGCAGAACAAGAAUAUCCAUGACUUGUCCAUCAAGGGGCCUGGUUGGUUACAGGAGUGUGUUUAGCAGUGACACACGUGGCACUGGAUUUAUGCAUCGUGCUUUCUUAACUUAUGCUAAGUUUCGAGGUCCUCUUGGAAAUGUCAGGAAAGGAGUAUUGGUAUCAAUGGGUCACGGAACAAUAACAGCAUAUGCGCUAGUGAGUUUAGAACCUCGUGGAACUCUCUUUGUAACUCCUGGCAUGGAGACUUAUGAUGGCAUGAUUGUUGGUGAACAUUCCCGGGAUACAGAUCUUGAUAUCAACCCAGUAAGGGCUAAGGAACUUACCAAUAUACGAGCUGCUUCCAAGGAUGAGAAUGUGAAGCUAACCCCUCCUCGUCUUAUGACUCUUGAAGAGGCGAUAGGGUAUGUUGCUUCUGAUGAGCUCAUUGAGGUGACACCCAAAGCCAUUAGGUUAAGGAAGAAAUACUUGGACGCUAACAAGCGUAAAAUGAUGAGGAAUAAGCCCAAGGAUUGAAGCCUCUAUCCUCAAAAACAAUUUUGCAACGGUAAAAUCAUCAUUCAUCAUUUUUAGAAUAGGUAAUUAUUAUUGUUAUUCAGUUCAUCUGCCCCUAUUUAGAUGGUAUGUUUUGGAAACUCAAAAAAGAAUAUUCUUUUCUACGAAUUCUGAGAAGCAAGGAAACAAUGGUUGUUGUAUUGGUUAAUAAACAAUAAUGAGAAAGAGAAAGAGAAAAGAGAAAUCAGUAGAAUCCACACUUAGAUGUAUUAUAUUGAAAGCAUGAAACCAUGGCCUGGUGUUUAUAUUAGAGAGUGGGUUAGUGUUGUUCAUCAUUAGGGGUUGGUAGAGCAUCACUUUCAAGUUCAAAUUUGAUAGUUGUGUCACCAUGAUAUGUUGUUCAAAAUCUGAGUCUCCAGGGCAUCAUUUCUCGCCCUUAGACUUUGAAAUUUCUCCACCAACUGGUCAUCUUUUUCUCGGAAAGAAGUCCCGGCUUUUGUCCUUUUAUAUCCAUUCAGUUGAAGAAAAAGAUCCAAGGCAGCAAUGUGGUCGGAAUAAGGGUGAUGUUCCUUUUUCCCUUUUGUUUCCUUGGUAAAUACUGAAGUGAUUUAAUUGGUGGGCAUGCACGAUGGUUGGUUGUCAUCCAUUUAUUGAGGGGAAAAGUUCAAAGUAAAUAGAAUGAUUGAAGCUUCAUGUAGAUGUCAAAGAAGCUCCUUAAUUGGCUAUUUAUUCCUCUUGCAUUGUGACCCAAAAUUUGCAGUAUAGAGUGUUUAUAGAGUGGUGGGUGGGGUUGUUAUUGUGAAAUGUUGGCACAUGCUCCUCUUUAAAAGUGGAGGUCUCUUAGCUUUUGCUUGUU